GCUUAGAGUAACAAACCAGGAAGUAGAUUGAAAUAGGCGCUAGUAUGGCGUUAUUUUGAUAAAAGUCAUAUACAGCGAUCGUAUUUACUGCUGCAUAUGACUUAAUAUUUGAUCACUUUAAGUAAAUAUGAUCAAAUGUAGGAUUACAACAGGACAUGACAGCCCUUCCAUGUUAUUUUAUUAGCUAUCAUUCGUGUUAGUUAUGCUAAAGUUCAGUUCUGGCCACUCGUCAUGGGCAAAACCGUUCAUUUCAGUGAAUCGGAUAAUUCCGGUUCAUUCAGUAAAAGAUCCGUUCAUUUCGGUCAUUGCAGUCAAUUGGUCGUUAGCCUGUGAGCUCCCCCUGGUGCAUAGACCCGGUCAGGCCUGUCCUUCCGACUCAACUGUCGGUCAUGAAUGAACCGCCGACGAGUGUCACUCAAUCUCUCUGUCAGCUAACCCCGCCCACCAAACAGAGCGAGGCGCGACGAUAGGAUAAGACAGACAAGCACCCAGAUAGUCCCGCCCUGCAAAAGCAACAGUGAACCGACUCUCAAGCCAAUCACAAAAAAGCAUUUGCAAAGGAACGGACUGAAUUCACAAAAAAGAACCAUUAUUUUUACCCGUUCGUUCAUGACUGACACACCACUACUGGCCACGAGGCGUCAGUAAUGACACAACAAAUUGAUGAGACACGACGUUAUAUCCCAUGGACCUGAACACGGCGAUAUUAUGUCGUCAGCCGUAAAGUGACAAUAAGUACUUUUAUUCCGAGUGGAAGUGAUCAAUGAGAUGGACUGGAGUUCUGAAGGUCAUCCCGUGUGCUUCUGGUUAGUUGACCCUCUCCGGCUCAGCUGGGAAGAAGCCAGGUCUCCACAAAGUCCCAAUGCUUCCACAAGACGAAUAGCAGCACAGUCAGGAGCACGGUGGCGGCCACGCGGGCUCGCGUCUUCAUCAGCGGCGUGAUGAAGUUGGCCAGCGUGGACACGAAGACCAGCAGCACGGCCAUGAGCGCCAGAAUGACGUUGAUGAGCUUGCCCAGCAGCGCCCGAGCGUUGGCGUUCUCCACGCCUUCCAGCUGGACCACCUGCUGCUGCUGCUGCUGAAGCUCCAGCUUGGUGAUGCGUGUCAGGCAGGACUCCACCGCCUCCUGCACACACACACACACACACACACACGUUGAUCAAUACAUAAUACCGCUACUGAUUACAGUUACACUCUCUGUUUGAUUACAGUGGCGUCCACUAUUUGAUAAAAUAGGGAACAUUUGGUGUUAAUUUUGAUUUAUUGGAACAUGGCGUUGAUUACAGUGGAGGCUAUCAAUAUGGAACAUUUGGUGUUUAUUGUGUUUUAUUGGGACAUGGCAUUGAUUACAGUGGAGGCUAUCAAUAUGGAAAAUUUGGUGGUAAUUGUGAUUUAUUGGUACAUGGCGUUCAUUACAGUGGAGGCUAUAAAUAUGGAACAUUUGGUGUUACUUGUGAUUUAUUGGGACAUGGCGUUCAUUACAGUGGAGGCUAUCAAUAUGGAAAAUUUGGUGUUAAUUGUGAUUUAUUGGGACACGGCAUUAAUUACAGUGGAGGCUAUCAAUAUGGAAUAUUUGGUGUUAAUUGUGAUUUAUUGGAACAUGGCGUUCAUUACAGUGGAGGCUAUCAAUAUGGAAAAUUUGGUGUUAAUUGUGAUUUAUUGGGACACGGCAUUAAUUACAGUGGAGGCUAUCAAUAUGGAAUAUUUGGUGUUAAUUGUGAUUUAUUGGAACAUGGCGUUCAUUACAGUGGAGGCUAUCAAUAUGGAAAAUUUGGUGUUAAUUGUGAUUUAUUGGGACAUGGCGUUCAUUACAGUGGAGGCUAUCAAUAUGGAAAAUUUGGUGGUAAUUGUGAUUUAUUGGUACAUGGUGUUCAUUACAGUGGAGGCUAUAAAUAUGGAACAUUUGGUGUUACUUGUGAUUUAUUGGGACAUGGCGUUCAUUACAGUGGAGGCUAUCAAUAUGGAAAAUUUGGUGUUAAUUGUGAUUUAUUGGGACAUGGCGUUCAUUACAGUGGAGGCUAUCAAUAUGGAAAAUUUGGUGUUAAUUGUGAUUUAUUGGGACACGGCAUUAAUUACAGUGGAGGCUAUAAAUAUGGAACAUUUGGUGUUACUUGGGAUUUAUUGGGACAUGGCGUUCAUUACAGUGGAGGCUAUCAAUAUGGAAAAUUUGGUGUUAAUUGUGAUUUAUUGGGACACGGCAUUAAUUACAGUGGAGGCUAUCAAUAUGGAAUAUUUGGUGUUAAUUGUGAUUUAUUGGAACAUGGCGUUCAUUACAGUGGAGGCUAUCAAUAUGGAAAAUUUGGUGUUUAUUGUGAUUUAUUGGGACAUGGCAUUGAUUACAGUGGAGGCUAUCAAUAUGGAAAAUUUGUUGCUAAUUGUGAUUUAUUGGUACAUGGCGUUCAUUACAGUGGAGGCUAUAAAUUCAUUCAUAUAUUUGAUUUCUUUAGUAUGUUAUUGAUUUGCCUGUAUUUGUAUUCACGCUCACCUGAAUGUCUCUUGCUCUCUCGUAGGACUGAUACGCCACCUUCUCCUCCAUGCUGGCCAGUUCCUGUUUGAGAUUGCUCAUUUCAUUCUGAUGAAGCUCCGUCAGGUCACUCAGUUGCUCUUCUAGUCGUUCAUACCUGGGGAAAAACCAAAGAAAAAGGCCCUCAAGGAGAGAGUCCCACGAGCUGUGCACGUGAUGGUGAUGAUGGUGGUGCCCGUCCAACCUGGGACUCCCAAUCGUGGGCCCUAACACGCCUCCUCCUCCCGCCCCGCCAGAGUUGCUGCAAGCGCCCGAGCCGGACGUGGCGCUGGAGCACUCGUCGUCGCUGCCGUACUUUGGGCUGGAGACCAGCGUGGCGCUUCCGCUCAGCGCGCGAGGGGUGGGGGCGUCGUCCGCGUGGCCCCCGACGCCGUCCUCCAAUGUGUCCUUCAGGUGGGCGAUGUUAUCCGCGCUGCCAAACUUGUUCCUGAUGAGGCUGGCAAACUCUCUGGGCUUGGAGACCACGGCCGUGUGAGUGAGGGCCGACACGCCACCUUUCACGCCUUCCACUACACCGCCGCCAAAACCACUUAUCCCCGCGCGAACGUUGGCCCCCACGUCCUUUAAUCCUUGCUGCAUGUCCCGCAGGACGUCCUUUGGCUGACGGGCGGGUCCAUUCUGUAUAGAGCAAAGAAAAAGGUCUCCUGUUAUUGUAGUUUAUACAGUAGAUGGUGCCAGUAUAUUGGAAGUUUGUUCCCCUUGAUGCUGAGGUAUCGAUAUUUUAAAGGUUUUUCAGUAUCUGGCAAUGCUUUAGUAUUUAGUAUUUAAAAACUCAGAAAAUCAGAUUACGGUAAAAAAAAAACAUGCCAUAAUACGCUAACAUACACUUUUUGGCCCUCAAAAGACGUCGUGAACUAGCCAUGGAAGCUAGCAACCGAGCGACAAUGCUUACCGAAUAAAUAAACAUACAAAUAAAUAAACAUUCAUUCGUAUCGUAGAAAUUCAGCGACUUAUAUAAAAUAAAUUACCUCUUAAACGAGCUCCAAGAGCGCUCACGAGUGACUGUAUCGAGCAACGAACGAUCUAAUGAUAAUGAAAACGAUCAGUCAUUGCAUACGCUAUAGCAGGGGUCUCAAACACGCGUUAGUGCGGCCCGCGCAAGUUUGAUACGGAUGCUGUAUGGUAUCAUGUACCCAGAAAAAAUUAUUACGUUUGAUUCAUGUUCAUGUUCAAGGUUAAAUAACUGUUAAUAGUUAUCCUCCCUAUCCGUGUGGAAGUGGUACGUUUUUGGCUAUUUAAGUUGAAAGGAAAUAACUUGAAGGCUACCGUUUAGGUCGCUAGCUCUCUAGUUUGCGAGUUAGCAUGUGUCUCAAGACCAGGGGUCUCAAACACGUGGCCCGUGGGCCAAAUGUGGCCCGCAGGACAGGGACAGGGAGGACACUAGUUUGAGGCCCCCCGCCUUGAUAUGAAAGUUUAAUGUUAGUGCGGCCCGCGCAAGUUUGAUAUGGAUGCUGUAUGGUAUCAUGUACCCAGAAAAAAUUAUUACGUUUGAUUCAUGUUCAUGUUAAAGGUUAAAUAACUGUUAAUAGUUAUCCUCCCUAUCCGUGUGGAAGUGGUAAGUUUUUGGCUAUUUAAGUUGAAAGGAAAUAACUUGGAGGCUAGCGUUUAGGUCGCUAGCUCUCUAGUUUGCGAGUUAGCAUGUGUCUCAAGACCCUGCAGUUGCGCAAUACAGGGCUCUAAUAAUGCUUUGUUAAUUUUAAUCUGAAAAAAAUAAUUUAUCUACCCACCAACUAUAUGUGGUUUCUUACGUUUUUAUUAUUUGAUGUUUUAUUAUUAUUAUAUUUAUAUAUAUUAUUUAUUACUGAUUGAUUUUCUCUAUUCUUGAUUUGUUUAUUUAUUUUUCAUCUUAUUUUGUGUAGAAAAAUAAAAAUUAAUUUUAAUUAAUUAAUUUUUUUAUUUUUAAUAAAUGCGUUUUGUUUUUUGUUUUUGUUUUUUUGGAAAACCUGAUGCGGCCCAGUCUCACCCAGACCCUAGCUCCAGUGGCCCCCAAGUAAAUUGAGUUUGAGAGCCCUGGUUUAGACAUUAAAAACACAUGAAAAUAAAGCUUCUUGUGAUAGUGCUCUAGUUUUUUGUGCAAGUGUGCGAUGGUCUGGGCCGACUUCUGGUUCUUCUUCUCAAACACCUGCUUGAUCCUGGAAGCCUGCUGUUUGUCGGCGUUGUGGGCCAACUUCAGGUGCUCCAGGGCGGCGCGCGUCCGAUGAGGCUCUCCGGCCCCCGCGCCGCCCUCCGCGCCUCCGCCUGUGACCCCCGAUGAUGACCCCGCCGCCUCCGCGCUGAUGUUGCUGUCGGAGCCUCCAUGGCUGGCGGUGGAGGGGAGGCUGAGAGUCGUCGCCUCGCUCUUGUCCAGCUGCCAGGACGAGAAGCCCUCCAUUGUCCUUCUUCCCCGGGGUUUCCUCCACAUUGAAAGGGCAUCUUUCCAGCACGUUCUCGGGGAUGUUCUCCUUCUCGCACUGCGGCGGGCCCGCCCAUCUUUUCUUGGGACUAAACGCCGCCUCUGCCACCGUCUGACCUUCCGCCCGACCAAGCAUACAGGACCUGUAGAGCUGGGGCACCUGGGUGUUUGGGACACCCUCCCAAUGAAAAUCGCCGCUCGCCAGAGGCUUGUCGGCGAUGAAGUCGAAGCUCCAGCGCCGCGACGCCGCCUCCAGGUCUUUUCCCAGCUCGGCUUGGAAGUCCGCCUGCAGCUGGUUGUGGUCGACCGGACCGAAGAGGCUCCGUCGUGUAGGGCGUUUCCCCUGAGGACUCAGGAUCCGUUUUCUACUCGCCAUCAUUCGACACUGAAGGAAACAAAAGAACGCGGACGUCACGAACAGCCGCCUGAAGACAACAGUUGAUCAUCUUGAGUCACGGCGUCCAACACGGUUGAUGCUACCGCUUGUAAACAUACUCUAUAUAGGAAUGCAUUUAAGUAUAGACUUCAUGUUAUAAUGCUAAUUAGCAUGCUAACAUUAGCAUAUUAGCAUUGCUAGCAUGUCAACAUUAGUACAGUAGCAUUUUUAGCCAUUUUCAUUAGUUUUAACAUCGACACACACAAAACCCUGUCAUGGUAGGUUUAGCAUGCUAACGUUAUCAUUGCUAACAUUAGCAUAUUAGCAUUGCUAGCAUGUCAACAUUAGUACAGUAGCAUUUUUAGCCAUUUUCAUUAGUUUUAACAUCGACACACACAAAACCCUGUCAUGGUAGGUUUAUCAUGCUAACGUUAUCAUUGCUAACAUGACCAUUUUAGCUUGUUUCAUGACUAAAAACCUAUUUAAAAACAUAGCGCUAUCAUGUUAGGUGUUAGUACAUUAGUGCUAGCAGGCUAAUAGCAUAAUAUUUUUGACAAUUUCAUACGCAGACAUGCUCUACUGUGCUGGGUGUUGCAUGUUAACGUUAACAUUAGCAUGCUAACUAUAGUUGGGCGAUAUGGACAUUAGCAUAUAUUACAAUAUUUUGGGAUGUUUAGCUACUUUCUCCCAAUAUGUGGCUACAAUGUACAGCUCAUAACGACGCAGUCAUAUUAAUGAAGAGUACUGCAUAUACAUAUUAUAUAUUUAUGAGUUUUCGCUUUUGAGUAAUCGCUUUUUUGCCCAUUUGGUGGGACGAAUCGCAUGCUAACAUUAGCAUAUUAGCAUUGCUAGCAUGUCAACAUUAGUACAGUAGCAUUUUUAGCCAUUUUCAUUAGUUUUAACAUCGACACACACAAAGCCCUAUCAUGGUAGGUUUAGCAUGCUAACGUUAUCAUUGCUAACAUUACCAUUUUAGCUUGUUUCAUGACUAGAAACCUAUAUAAAAACAUAGUGCUAUCAUGUUAGGUGUUAGCACAUUAGUGCUAGCAUGCUAAUAGCAUAAUAUUUUUGACAAUUUGAUACGCAGACAUGCUCUACCGUGCUGGGUGUUGCAUGUUAACGUUAACAUUAGUAUGCUAACUAUAGUUGGGCGAUAUGGACCUUAGCAUAUAUUACAAUAUUUUGGGAUGUUUAGCUACUUUCUCCCAAUGUGUGGCUACAAUGUACAGCUCAUAACGACGCAGUCAUAUUAAUGAAGAGUACUGCAUAUACAUAUUAUAUAUUUAUGAGUUUUCGCUUUUGAGUAAUCGCUUUUUUGCCCAUUUGGUGGGACGAAUCGCAUGCUAACAUUAGCAUAUUAGCAUUGCUAGCAUGUCAACAUUAGUACAGUAGCAUUUUUAGCCAUUUUCAUUAGUUUUAACAUCGACACACACAAAGCCCUGUCAUGGUAAGUUUAGCAUGCUAACGUUAUCAUUGCUAACAUUACCAUUUUAGCUUGUUUCAUGAGUAGAAACCUAUAUAAAAACAUAGUGCUAUUAUGUUAGGUGUUAGCACAUUAGUGCUAGCAUGCUAAUAGCAUAAUAUUUUUGUUUUUUUAAUACUCAGACAUGCUCUACCACACUGGGUGUUGCAUGUUAACAUUAACAUUAGCAUGCUAACUAUAGUUGGGCGAUAUGGACCUUAGCAUAUAUUACAAUAUUUUUGGGACGUAUCAUACGACAACCUGUUUAGUGUUUAUAGUGGGAGUGGCCACUGAGGCAAAAUGGGGUGCGAUACUGGCUGUAACCAACGGAGGCGCUGUUGAGUCAACUAGUUAAAAAUAAGAUGGCAAUUAAUAAAAAAAAAAAUUAAAACAACUGUAGAAAUGUCAAUUAUAAAAAUCACAUUUACAAAAAAAAUGAUCAGAAAUUCCCCCCAGUUUAUAAAAUGAUAUUUGACAUAUUUUCCAUAUUAGAUUUCAAUUUCUUCCAAAUAUUUGAUGGCCUGUACAGAGAAAAUAAAUGUAAUUUGAAUUACACUGGCUUCAAGAGCAAUACAAUAUUUCAAAAAUUCACAUUAUUGCCCCCCCCCCAAAAAAAACUGGAAAUUGACAAACAUGACAUAAAAUGACAUCAAAUUGAUUUUCACUGCAUACAAAGUAAGCAACUUCAAGUGGAAACGUGUCUUACCAUUGUUCUACGCUUCCUCAGUGACCGCACCAGAGCAUCCCACACUGGUGGUGAUACUGGGAGUGUAUUUAUACCCGGCAACCAUGACUCACCACUGGGCCCUCCCCCCCUUCACAAUGCCUGGUAUAUGCCUGGGCACUGUCUCAAUCAGACAUGUAAGGGCAUGUCCUCAGGAGAAAAAACUGCAGGUAUACAACAUGUCCACUAGGGGGCACUGAUAAGCCAACUAGUCCAUUUUUGCAUUGAGGGGUGUGGAAAGGUUCAUUUGUAAAGCCAGACGAUAUUUGGGGGGGCAAUGGUUGAGAUAUACAUUGAGUGUAAAGACCCAAAAUAUGGUAGUCUAUCUAAAAUCUAUACAAAAAGGGAUGAAAUGUAUCUAAAUGAACAAUAAGUGAUCCAGGAAGUGCUGGACUGGAUCCCAAUCCUAUGGAACAGCCUUAUUAUCAAAACAGCAC